GAAAUUGUUCUAGACGCCAUUUUGGAUUUCAAAAAUUGACGGAAAAUGUCGUAUCUGAUUAUUUGAAAGCUAAUUUUUCAUCUAAGCUCAUAUUAAACAGUGAUAAAAGCUUACAGAUUAUACCGUUUGUGGAUCUGAACGCAAACUAUCUAAAAAAGUAAAGGUGUAAAGUGGUGACCUUGAUGGUCUGAAUGGCCUUCAGUCAUCUUGCUUACUUUUAUAUUCUUACAUGGAUGUAAAAGCUCUACUUUUUGAUUGGGGUGGCAUUAUUAGCUGCUCUUUUGUGAAUGAAGGGAAAACAUUAAUAGUGUUGGCUUAGUAUAACAGCUGCUUCAUAAAAAUGUUUUACGCACAUUUUGUAUUGGCAAAAAAGGGCCCUUUAGCCCGUAUCUGGUUGGCCGCUCAUUGGGACAAAAAGUUAACCAAAGCCCAUGUUUUUGAAACUAACAUAGAAAGCAGUGUUGAAGGUAUUUUACAGCCUAAGGUCAAAAUGGCUUUACGGACAUCAGGCCAUCUUCUGUUGGGAAUUGUUCGAAUCUACUCGAGAAAAGCUAAGUACCUUCUAGCUGACUGCAAUGAGGCUUUCAUCAAGAUCAAAAUGGCCUUCCGACCAGGGAUAGUAGAUCUACCAGAAGAAAAUAGAGAAGCAGCUGUGGCCACCAUCACUUUGCCAGAAGUUUUUCAUGACUUUGAUACAGUUCCAGAUAUCAAUAAUCUAGGCAUGGAAACACCAGUGGCCUUAAAUCAAAGCCGAGCAGAAGAUAUAACACUUAAGGAAGAUUAUGGAACUCUUAACCUUAUGGCUGAUGAUGGAUUCGGUGAGUUUGGUGAUAUGGGUUUUGAUGAUCCUGAAUUGGCUCGAGAUGCAACAAACAUUGAUGAAGGUUUUGAUCAUGCUAGUCUGCUGUUAGGAGAAGAGAGAAACAAAGAUAAACCUGAAGAUACAACACAUGAAUCUCAUGAAGUUAGCCAGCAAGGUCCUUCUAAUUCAAAGUCCAAUUUUUCCAUUGAUGCUCCUCUAAAAGAUGAUGGAUUUGGAGGAACAGUUGGAGAAGGAUUACUUGAAGGAGAUGCAUCAGGAUUAUUUGAGCCUGCUGGACUUUUUGAUGAUGCCCCACUAGGCCAUGUACCCAUGGAUACUAGCAAUGCUGAAAAUCUCCCUGAGGCUCAGGAAGGUCCUUCAUCUGCACCACAAAUAGAAGCCAGGCCUACAGAGUCUGAUGACGAUGAUGACAUGUAUGAUAUGGGUCCUCCUUCCAUGGGGAGGAUAUCAGCUCCUUCAACUCCUGGUUCAGUUCCUCCACCAGAAGAAGCUGCUCAACCCAUGCAGGCUGAUGAUACUGGAGGAGGGGAUGAUAGAGGCAUGCCUCCACCACCAGAUGCUGAUCAAAGUGCCCUGCCCCAGCCUGAAGUCAUGCCACAAGACCAGACAACUUUAAUCCAUAAUGAAGAAGAGACUUUUGCUCUUGCACCACUUGAUGCUACUCUAGUACAUGGAGCAGAAAAAGCCAAAGGUAAACGUAAACGAAAACUGGUUGUGGAUGAAGUGAAAAACAUAUCUGGGGAAGAGAUGAAGUCCCAGCUUUCUGAUACAACAGACAUUGUUACCACCCUUGAUUUGGCUCCUCCAACUAAACGACUUAUGCACUGGAAAGAAAGUGGAGGAGUUGAGAAGCUUUUUGCCCUACCAGGCCGACCCAUUCUCUCAAAAAGCUUAUCAAAGCUUUACCAAAGGCAUUUGACAAGCAGGCCUGUGGAUAAUGAGGAGUUUGGUCUUGAAGAAGAUAAAAUUGAUUUAGAUGGACAGCCAGAACAUCUCCGAGAAGAGGAAGUGCCAUCACACAAAAGGAGGAGGGAAAUGAUUCCAGAAGAAAUGUCUAGGAUAGAACAACCUCAACUAGAAACUUCUGUACCAGCACAACCUAUUCCUCCUAUAGAUCAGUCUAUACCACACUUUCCUCUUGAUAUUUCCACAGAAGUACCAUUAGCAACAGAACAGUUGCCUCCCUUACCUGUACAUGAGACAGGAAUGCUUGGUCCUCAAACAGAGGCUGAACCUCUUAACCCAGUUCCUCCUGUAGAAGAACAUCCACUUAUCCCCAUUAAGGAACAUUCACUUCAUCCUUUAGAGGGACAUCCACUUCCUGUAUUAGAGGGACAUCAAACAACUGAUAUUUUAGCAACAGCAAUUGCCACACUGCAUGAUGAACCCCUUCUCCAGCAACAACAGCCUCAACCAGUGGAAUCUGAAGUAGAGAAGGUUCAAGAAAUGCAUGUACAACAGCAGCAAGAGGAGCUGUUACAACCAGUAACUGUAAACCAUAAAGAGCAGUUGGCUGAAGAAGAGGAAGAUUAUGCUGCUCCAGCUAGUGUUGGACCUCCUGAGGAGCAAUUAGCAGAUGAAACAUAUGAACAGUUUGAAGAACGUAUUCUUAAUAAAAGAACAGUCCACAUGCUUCACAUAAUACAACAUGGGCUAGAAGCAGGAAAAAAGAUGCGAUUUUCUGACUUGGUGAGAAACAACAUGCGCAAGCAAGUUGCACAGAAAUUCUACACAUUUUUGGUGCUGAAGAAGCAACAAGCUGUAGAAUUAGAGCAAGAUGGGCCAUAUGGAGAAAUAAUUAUCACCAGAGGCUCAAAUUAUAAUGGUGUUUAUUAAUGUGAGCAGCUUUAUCAUUGUCUGUAUGUACAUGUUUGACCAAAUAGUUUAAUAGCUGGCCUUGGGCAAAUUCCUACUAAAUGUAGAGAUGGUUAUUAACAAUUUAUUAUGUUAUUUUUUUGUAUAUAUUUUUAAGUUUUAUAUUUGGUAUUGACAAGAGGUUUUAUUUUCUAAAUAUAUAUAUAUAUAUAUAUAUAUAUACACAC